AUUGGGCACGACGAAGAGAUAGAAUCAGUGCCGACACUUCUUAUCACAACUGCAACAGGAGCCAAUAAGAGGUUUUCACAGAAAUGACUGAUGGGCCCCUCUGUUAACCCUAUGAAGAAUGUGGUGAACGGAUGAUCAAAACAGGACCUCAGUGGCUUCUCUUUAUUCUUCUCAAGUGUCAGGAAAGCUUUAUCAGCACUAACUAGCACCAGAGGUCACAUACAUUUUGUGCUUCACAGCAAUUGUUGGCAUUCACAGACUGGAAGAGGAACAGGGAAGCUCUCACAUUGACCAAUGUCAACCACCGCUAUGGACAACUCAACCUUACCUGGCUUAGAGGCAGCAACUGCAAGUGGGGAUGCUGUUAACCCUUUAGGGAGUUCCAAUGGCAGCUUGUCCGAAACCAGUGCCUGGGGCAUCAGUGGCAGUGGUCCGUGGCUGUUGGCGUGCAUGUUAUCCCUCAUCAUCCUGAUGACGGCUUGUGGCAACACUCUGUUGAUCGCUCUGGUGUUUGCCCAACGCUCCUUGCGCAACACCUCCAACUGUUUCCUGGUGUCUCUCUUCCUGUCUGACUUGAUGGUGGCUCUGGUGGUGAUGCCGCCGGCAAUGCUCAAUGUGCUGUACGGGGCCUGGGUGUUGUGGCCGGGCUUCUGCCCCGUGUGGCUCUGCUUCGACGUCAUGUGCUGUAGUGCCUCCAUUCUCAACCUGUGUGUGAUCAGCCUGGACCGCUACCUCCUCAUCAUCUCGCCGCUGCGCUACAAGCAGAGGAUGACCCCUCCUCGGGCCCUGCUUCUGGUGGGAGGGGCCUGGGGUCUGGCCGCCCUCACCUCCUUCUUGCCCAUCAAGAUGAACUGGCACAGCUUGGAGCUGAGCUUGUGGUACCACGCCUCCUACUUCCAGCUGUCGCAGUCCGGUGGCCUGUCCUUCCAGUGCUGUCUGCGGGUUACCUUUCCUUUUGCCCUGGUGGCGUCAGUCCUCACCUUCUUCCUGCCAUCCAGUGCCAUCUGCUUCACCUACUGUCAGAUUCUCCUGGCGGCGCGGAGACAGGCGAGGCGGGUGGCGGCGCUAAGUCAACCUCCGUACCCGCAUCAUUCGCCUGGGGAGCCUUCUCACCCUCCGUCACCAGGUGGGGGCGCCGCCGGACAUGCUCACCUCGAAGGAGAUGACUACAGUCAUCAGGAGAACCCUGUGUCACGCCACGUGCCGUUGUCGGUGAACAGCGAGCGGCGGCUGGCCCACCGACAGGGACGGAGGGCAGUGAAGGCCAGUCUGACCCUGGGAGUCCUGCUGGGCCUCUUCUUCAGCGCCUGGCUGCCCUUCUUCAUCACCAACAUGGCCCAGGCGGUAUGUGAGUGUGUUCCCCCGGCGCUCUUUGACGCCAUCACCUGGCUGGGCUACUGUAACAGCACCAUGAACCCCAUCAUCUACCCGCUGUUCAUGCGUGACUUCAAACGGGCCCUGGGGAGGCUGCUGCCCUGCUGCUCCACCCACUCGCCCCACAGACCCUCACUGGCGCUCUCCCUCUCCCUCCGCAACUCCGGUGAGCCCAACCUGCCCACGGAGCCCCCCUCCCUGACCUCCGACCCCCCACAGCCCCCCGCCACCGCCACAGACUCCGUCAACCUGUUUGACAACGACCAUGCUGGGAUUGAGCUGCCCCUGCUGUUGCCCAAUCAGGUGGACACGCUGGACUGA